GCGGGGCGGAGCGGGCCGGGGGCGGCGGGGGGCGCCGCGGGCCGCGCUGAGGCUGCUGUCGCUGUCCCCCGCAGGAGGGUCCGCCGGGUGCUCUUCGUGCCCUACGCCCUGCACGACCGCGACGCCUACGCCCGGAGGGCGCGGGAGAGGUUUGAGAGCCUGGGUUAUGGGCUGGACAGCAUUCAUGAAUCUUGUGAUCCAGUGGAAGCUGUAAGGAAAUCUGAAGCAAUAUUUGUAGGAGGUGGCAACACAUUCCGUCUCUUGAAAGCUCUCUACGACAACAGCUUGAUACAGGAGAUCAGGAAAAGAGUCCUUGAGGAUGGAAUUCCCUACAUGGGAUCCAGUGCAGGAACUAAUGUUGCUACCAUCAGCAUCAAUACAACCAACGACAUGCCAAUUGUUUAUCCACCUUCCCUCCAGGCCCUGGGUUUAGUUCCUUUUAACAUCAACCCCCACUACCUGGAUCCAGAUCCUAAAAGCACUCACAUGGGUGAGACAAGAGAAGAAAGAAUUCACCAGUAUCAUGAAGAACCAAACACCCCUCCAGUUCUGGGAUUGCGGGAAGGUGCAAUGCUGUUAGUGGAAGGAGACAAAGCCAUCUUGCAAGGACUGACAGGAGCACGGCUGUUUUUGAGGGGUAAGAAACCAACUGAACACGAGCCUGGAACAGAUUUCAGUUUCCUCCUGACUGACAGUAAUCUCCAAAAGCUGUAGCCUUGCCUGUACUGCAGCAAAAGUCAGCACAUGGAAAGACAAUGGGCAGCAAGUGAAGAGAUGCGUCCAGUCCAGGGGUGGGUGGAGAGACUUCACUUUACAAAUAAAGAUCUUAAAUAUGCAA